AUGGCGGACCUCACUGCCAUCCUCACACGCCUGUGUCUGCAGGAAUAUCGCGACACUUUUACGCGGAAUGGCGUCGAAGACUGGACCACGUUCAGGAUGCUCACGGAAGAAGAUCUGAAGGACCUCGGAGUAAAGCUAGGCCACCGUCGUAUUCUCCAGAACGAAGCUACAUCCACGCACUCUUGCCAAACUUCUUCUAAGCCAUCUAAGGGAGAAGACACUCAUUCGGACACUUGCACUGAAUACUCUAUCAAGUCUACGCGUCCCAUUUCUGCACUGGAUCAUGCCCGUUGGCUUUCUGAAGCCAUGCUCAACUACUGCAACCUCAAGUACUACCACUUUAUGAGUCUCGCGCCUCCUUCAAUCCUCAUCGAGACCUUCUAUCUACUCGAAGUGCUCAAGAAAUACGUCAAAGAAUACGUUCCCAUGGACGUCUUGGAAGCCGAUCCUCUUUGGGAAGAGAUAGUCGACGUACUUGAGAUCGAGAUCGACAUCUUAUGA